AGAUAUCAGGCUUGUCUCUGUUGGCACAGCGUCUCUGUCACGACUCACGAGCUGCUCUUGUCAAUAGAAGCAAGUGACCGUGACUUGAAGGAUCAUGUCACCCCCAGCAGUUGACGAAUCCCAACAUCACCCUGGCGAUCUUCAGAUCACGUACCAGCCCGCCUUCACGACCUAUUUAGAGUACAUUGAGCAGCUGCUCUCAGACCCGAGUGGCGGUGUUUUUCUCGGAGACCACUAUCGCCUGCUCCAUAGCCAUCUCCGCGACGGUCUCCUCGAGCCAACAUCUCCUCCUUUUCCUGGAGACAGAGAACAGUUAACUCUGUUCCGCGUUUACAGAAGCGGAAAACCCAUUCUCAUUCAUCGCUUAAGACCCACGCCAUCUUCUACGGAUCACAUAACUAGGGCUAACGCCGCCCAGGGGUUUACCACCGAGUUCAGAUCCCUCAUAUCCACUUUUACCGAUGAUGUAGAAUGCCAGAUUGUGAUUCUAGAGCCUAACCGGCUCAAACCUCACUACGAGUCCGGUUGCCGCCAUGUACUCCCACAUCCAUGGAUCAUUGGCAUACUUGGCCUGGUGUUGGAUAUGGAUCCGACAGUUUGGAAGUUUUUCACUAGAUCCCGCCGGACAUCGUCAUGGACUCUGAAAUUGGAUAACUUUAUUCAAAUAGGCAGCGAUGCGCUAAUGAUCUUGGAGCGCUGUGCCAGACAUACGGCCAGAAACAGGUAAGUGAGGCCCGCGGCACCUACCUGCCCUAGUAACCUAAUACCAUCACCUUAGGUCAGUGCAUCCUCCAACCCCCAUAUCUGUUUGAUCUCCUACAUGCUAUUCAACAGACUCUGACCAAUAGCUUUUUGUGGAAACUGGAAGCGGUUCUCUUUGUCAACUAUUCUCGAGCCUGGGAGACCAUG